CGACCUGAUCCAUCAGCCUCCUCAAGAUCCGAACAUUGAGCAAUCCUAAAAGUGUUGAGAUACGAGUCUAAUGUAUUCGUAUGCCACUGAUGAUCCUAGCAUUCAUGACCUUCCGAGAGGUCUACCACUAUGUAUCUUAUCGAACCAUAACUGCCUCGAGCAGUGGAACAUUCCCAUCAUGGUUUGUCCUUAGGCAAGUUCCAAAAUUAUUGAAGGGCAACAAAUUCCAUAUUGUCACUCUAUUGAUGAGUAUGUAUGCGAAGGAAAAUCAAUAUGAGGGCAGCUAUAUUGGAUUGUGGUCACAGCUUGAACCCCUGGCAAUUGGCUGCAGCGGGGUUAGUCAAGUCAAGCUAUUGUCCAUUGUCCAUUGUCCUGGAUAUUCAGAAGUCAUUUUCGCUAUCCAUUUGCAAAACUCCUCCCUCAUCCUUUUUCAUUUAUUUUCCGAAUCACUUUCGCAUCCUCACCUUUGCCGCAAAACACCACAUUACGGCCAACCACACUUUGAAGCACAUACAGCUAUCCUGGCUUCUUUCUUCCCUGAGAAGAUACUUCGCGGCAUCCUAUCACGCUGUCGUCAAGUCGAGUAGAUACUACUAUAGUGUCUCAGCAUGGCUGCUGAACAAACGAGCCCAGUUCUGGUGCUGGGCAUCGACUUUGGCACCACAUACUCAGGUAUCGCGUGGUGUCGAGUCGGCGAAAACAACGAAAUCAAGUUCACCACCAACUGGAAGAAGCCAAGAUUCGCCCAGGGAGACAAGCAGAAGGUCCCCUCGGCAAUCUUUUAUCACCACCUGAAUGAUGAGAACCCUGAAUGGGGCGCGACCACUCCGCAGGACGAUACUACCCUUCGUUGGUUCAAGCUCCUUCUCGUCGAUGAGAAAGAUCUCCCGGAUCAUAUCCGGCACUCUGUUCAGCUGAAGACAGCUCGGGCUCUAAUGUUGAAGGCUAACAAGACCCCAGUUCAGAUCUUGGGCGAUUACCUGCGACAGCUUUGGCGUCAUUGUCGUCAGAACAUUGUCAGGGCCGAGGGUCGCCGAAUGAUGACAGUCUCGAUAGUUCACCUUGUUGUCACCCUCCCGGCUAUAUGGCCAUACUACACCCGCUCCAGAAUGACGGAGGCUCUGGGACACGCCGGUCUUCUCAACAUCACCAAAGCUGGACAUACAACUUUGGAUUUUAUCUCUGAGCCCGAGGCGGCUGCUUUGACCUGUCUCAAGGAGAACGCCGAUCGCUUCAAUGUCAGAGUCGGUGAUCAUUUCGUCAUCUGUGAUGCCGGAGGAGGGACUGUUGAUCUCAUCACCUACAAAAUCGAGAAGCUUGAUCCUCUCAUUAUUAGUGAGAGUGUCAAAGGCGAUGGCGGCCUGUGUGGUGCCAUGUUCCUCGACGAGAAGUUUCUCAACCUACUCAAGGAGACUAUCCCUUUUGAGGCUCAUAAGAGUCUUGACAAGCAGACAUUCCACAAGAUUAUGGAGUCCGAUUGGGAAGGCGGCUUGAAGUCCUCCUUCUGUGAGACCAGCGGAGACUUGCCCCUGCAACUCUCGUACGAUGGCCUCAUUAACACCAACUUCUUCCCCUCAAAGUUCAUCAUCGAUGUUUCCGAAAUCCGCGAGAAAGUGUUUGAUCCUGUGGUCAAAGAUGUUAAACAGCUCGUUCAGAAGCAGGUCAAUGCAGUCAAGCACAAGUACAAGAAGAAGCCAAAGUUCGUCAUCCUAGUUGGCGGCUUUGGAAGGUCUCUCUAUCUGCAUCAAUGCCUUCAGGACGCUGUUGGCAACAGAGUAGACGUUCUUCAGCAGGAUGGUGAAAAGCCCUGGACCGCUGUGCUUCGAGGAGCUGUCCUACAUGGACUGGCGAGAACCAAUCAUGCCAGUUCAAUCAAAGUUACGGUCGCCUCGCGUGUGUCCCGUCACAGUUACGGGACCCUCGUGAACAUUUCACCCUUUGACCCCAAAGAGCAUGACGCCAAGGACCGCGUUUGGGAUGCUGGUCUGCAGGAGUUCCUUGCUGUCGAGCAGACACGAUGGUUUGUUGAGAUCGGUUCCUCUGUCUCUGCAUAUGACCCCGUUUGUGAAUCCUUCUGGCAGGACCUCACGAGCCCCGACGAUGAUCUCCAAAUCGACAUCGUUAUCUCGGACGCUUCUACUCCCCCGACCCGCAAGGACGAUUCAGUGAAGCCUAUGUGUAUCGUCAAAGCGUCCGAACUUCCCAGAUGGGAUACCAUACCGGUGUGGACCAACGAAUACGGUGAAGUAUUCCACCGAAUCACUUACGAACUGCGCAUGAUCAGUGACGGGUCCUCUUUGGAUUUUCAAGUGUUCUACAAGAACAAGAGCAUUGCUUCUGGAAGUGUCGCCUUCGACUCUAUCAGUCAGAACGAUACUGAUGACGAGGAUGACGUACAGAUGGGUUCUCCUCAACCACUGGAUAACAACAACAAUGGUAACAAUAUCAUUGACAUGACCGACACCGAUAGCGACAGUGACUACGUUGAGGCUGAGGAAUGAAUAGGGGAUGGGGCCAUGGUUGCUGUGUUAAUGCGAUCCAAAGAGCCCAAAGUGGCUCCAAUUGGGUCAAAGGGAGUCAAAGGGGCUCAAGAAGGGCUCAAAGUGAGUCUCAUUUCAGAGUGAAAUUCUUGGUUGGGGGGCAUUACGAAAGCUCAUGGGCAUUGCUAAGAGAUCAAGCGUAUAGUUGCUUUAUGUCAUGUCAUAUUGGGGCACAUAUGUCUAGCAUAUACCGGUGCUACAUCGGUAAGACGACAUGCUAGUUACGUCUUUUAGUUCAAUUCAAGUGGCUCUUUCAUCGCA